AUGUCUCCAUGCCUCAUCCUCACUUUCUGCGGUGCACAGCGGGGCUGGGGCUCGCUAAGCCCGCAGCUGGGCCGCGCGGUGCAGCUGCUGCACCAGCGCGGGGUGCGCGUCCGGGUCAUCACCGACUGCGACUACAUGGCCCUGAACGGCUCGCAGAUCGGCCUGCUCCGCAAGGCAGGCAUCCAGGUGCGACAUGAUCAGGACCUUGGCUACAUGCAUCACAAGUUCGCCAUCGUGGACAAGAAGGUGCUGAUCACGGGCUCCCUUAACUGGACCACACAAGCCAUCCAGAACAACAGAGAAAAUGUUUUGAUUAUGGAGGAUGAGGAGUAUGUGAGGCUUUUUCUGGAAGAAUUUGAACGUAUUUGGGAAGAGUUUAAUCCUACCAAGUACACCUUUUUCCCAAAGAAGAAACGAAGUCAAUGAAGCUGUGCUGUCUCCACUGUCUGCAG